CUUAGUGAGUGUUUGCUGCUUAAAAUGUAACCUGGGUUAGCUGCUCUGUCAACUUGGUGGAGGAUUAUCACCUGGACCUGAGGAGGUUAAAGUCCCGGACUCUGUGGUUGGAGCCGCCCUGCCUCCAUCUGAGCCGCUGACAUUUGCCUGCAGCAGCAACCAUGGCCACAGCUGGGAAGGUCAUCAAGUGCAAGGCAGCAGUAGCGUGGGAGUUCAACCAGCCUCUGGUGAUCGAAGAGGUUGAGGUGGCGCCUCCUCAGGAGAAGGAGAUCCGGAUCAAGAUUGUGGCAACAGGAGUGUGUCAGUCUGAUCUAUACUUCCUGUUAAAAUGCAUGAACAAAGCCAUGUUUCCAGCAGUUCUUGGUCAUGAGGCCGCUGGAAUAGUGGAGAGCGUCGGACCCGGAGUAACCGAAUAUCAGCCAGGAGACAAGGUGAUCCCGUUGUUCAUGCCUCAGUGCCGAGAAUGCCGCUUCUGUAAGAGUCCGAAGACCAACGUGUGCGUCAACGGGAUUGUUGCGCGGUUUGAUGAGAAAGAGUUCGAAGCCUCCAGGAUCAGCUGUAAGGGGAGGAAACUGCUGCAGCUGGCAGGAACCAGCACCUUCUCUGAGUACACGGUGGUGAAGGAGAUCGCCGUGGCUAAGAUCGACGCCGCUGCUCCUCUGGAUAAAGUCUGUCUGAUUGGCUGUGCCAUCUGCACGGGGUAUGGAGCAGCUGUGAACGCCGCCAAGGUGGAAGCGGGCUCCACCUGUGCUGUGUUUGGUCUGGGAGCCGUGGGCCUGGCUGCAGUCAUGGGCUGCAAAGCUGCAGGAGCCCAGAGGAUCAUCGCCGUCGACAUCAACCCCGAGAAGUUCGAGAAGGCCAAAGUGUUCGGUGCCACUGAUGUUGUGAAUCCCAAAGAUCACAGUGAACCCAUCCAGCAGGUGCUAACGGAGAUGACCGACGGAGGCGUGGACUUCUCCAUUGAAUGCAUUGGAGACGUGGAAGUUAUGCGCAGCGCCCUGGAGUCCUGUGUCCAAGGCUGGGGCGUCAGUGUGAUUGUUGGCUGGACCACCCUCCAAAACAUCAGCGCUCCGCCAGUCCAGCUCCUGACUGGACGGACAUGGAAGGGCACCCUGUUUGGAGGGUUCAAAGGUAAGGACGGCGUGUCUGGGAUGGUCAAGGCCUACCUGGACAAGAAGCUGAUGGUGGACGAGUUCAUCACUCACAACAUGACUCUGGACCAAAUCAAUGAAGCUGUGGAGCUGAUGAAGCACGGCCAGUGCAUCCGGACCGUCCUGAGUGUUUGUUCUCAGUAGGAGCAACGCGGUUCCUUCAUGACAUUAAAAACAACAGGUUCUGAAGGUGCUGAGCAGUCCAGGAGCGUCAGGAGUGGAAGGCGUUACCAAAACCCGCAAGCGUCGCUCAGAAAAACCUUUCAGUGUAAGAAAUAAUGGAGGAAACUGUCAUGAGUUCAUAGCUGAAGUUUGAAUAAAGAUAAAGGAGCUGA